AUGGGCGCCCUAAUCUCCCUCCCCGUCACGCUGCUCAACUUCCUUCUCCCUUUCACAAAACCGGGCACACCUCUUCUACAAGAUCUUGUACACACAGCAAUUCUGUGCGGGACAUUAUAUUUCGCCCCACAAAUAGCAGAAUGGUACAACAAGCGGCAGGCUCAAAAUGCGAUACAUGAGCCAAGAGAAGGAGCCAACACACGUCUACCAGGUACAGAAACGGAGGACGAAACACCACAAGAUGAUGAUGCGCCAGUCGACGAGCGAUUUGUCUUGCAAGACGACGGAGACGAGAUGAUGGCGGGACCGCCUCCAUUCGCCCCCACACCACCCCCCAACCGUGCUGAGCCACUGCGACAGCAGCCUCCAGCACCACGAGUAGACGACGACGUCCCCGAUGCAUUCGCACCCGGCCCAGCAGACCCUCCCGCUCAGGCAAACGGGCCCCGCCCAACACCCGCCAACCGCACAGUCGGCGCUAAAAAAGCCAAAAGUCUAGCUCGAAAAGACCAGCGGAGGGCCUACCACGAGUUCCAUCGCCAAGAAGCCGAACUACGGCGCUUACAAGAAGCUGAAGGGGCCGAGGAGCGUGAGGCAGCACUCGCGGCGGAGCGUGAGCGAAGGGCGAGAAUAGAAGAAGAGAUCAGAGAACGAGAGCGGGAAGAACGAGAUAAGGCGAAGAGGGAACGAGAGAGGGAGGCGGAUGAAGAGAACGCACGCCGAGAACGAGUGGUGCUGAGGGUCAGGGAAGUGAUGCAGCAAAGAGGAGCGGCCGACUUGGUAGAUGUGGCGUGGACUGAAGGCAAAGACAAAAUAUGGGUAGAGCGCUUGGUCCGAGCUAGCGGGCUGCUUUCUCAACUACAAAAAGACGGCGCGCAUGUCGUAAUAACAGGUCCAGGAUGGCUCGUCAAGGUAGAUACUGAGCUGAUGAAGCAAGCAUACGCAGAUGCCCAGGUAUCCGGAGAGCGCAACGGCGGGAAAGUCACUUUCUCAGAGCUUGGGGGGAUCCUAGAGAAAGCCGUGCUGGGACGAGCGAAGGCUUAG